AUGCUGUUGUUCGCCGACCUCACUGAAGAAGUAAAUGAGCUCUGCUUGAAAUUGGUUUUCCGCCGGCAUGAACACAAUCUCCCACUUCGUCAGCUCACUGAAGUUUCCAUCCUCACUGGUCCGAAUGGCCAAGGUGAUUCUUUAAGCUUUGGACGUCAGAGGCCCUCUUCAAGCAGCCUGGCGGAGACAGAAUUAGUCAGCAAUCGUGCUGCUACAGGAUCCAUGGCGUCUGGGCAGGCUAAAUUAUCAGAACACUCUGUUGCCAAUGGGCGAUUUAAAUGUCUGCGGACCGACGAGGAUGGUGUCUUUACGUCUGAUUCUGGGACCUCUAGCCACUUCUCUGGCGCAUCAGACAAGAAGUCAGCAGUAAGAUCUGCCUUAAGAGUACCUGAGACGCAACAAGGGAUCAACUCAAAUUCGAAAAUGUUAACUUACAGUGGCAAGAAGCGUAGACCACGACGACAUACUAAAGACCCCCAAAAGUUUAGAGACAAUGGUGGAGAUCAAGGAGAAACUAUUCCAAAUUUCGGAAGAAAAUUGAAAAGAGAGGGCAAACUUCGCCAAGCAGCUAGUCGAGAGCGACCAAACGGCGAAGUAGGCGCUGCCAUGCAGAGGGAAGCAAAACUGAGUGUAUGUCAAAAUAAUGUGAUUCUCCUACUUUUAAUUAGUGUGCGGGAGAAAAUAUUAGAUUUGAAUGAAAAACGGAUGAAAUUGACAGCAUGUAUCUUCAUCCUGGCCUAA